AUGGCUAAAUAUAGAAAUCAAUUACCUCAAUUAUCUGGUGAUUUCUUUAUUACAACGGGUGGUGUGGGUACCUCUUUGAUUUUUGAUGAACAUAUUGAACUUCCAUGCUUUGCUUCAUUCACUGUAUUGAAAGAUGAAGCUGGAUGUCAGUGGAUGGUAAAUUACUUAAGCACAUUUGCAAGUGUUGCUCAAAAAUAUAAUGUUGGACUUAUUUUGGAAACUGCAACAUGGCGUGCUCAUCCCGA